UUUAUGGUCUUAAUUCAAUGGCCUGCAAUGCAAACACCCUCACCACUUUUUUUUUGUUUGUGCUUAAUUUGCGCAUCAUUGUUGAUAUUUUUAACCUUCCUAAAUUCCUUUAUCCAAUUUUUACCUUUCAGGUAACGUGUUUCUUUUGGUUUUCCCUCGUUCAUCAUAUAAUCUCAUCCCAUGAUUUAAAGCAACUUCAUUUGUUUUGUGCCCACAAAUUCACUCUUGCAUAAACUUGCUUUCAACAAGGUCAUUUUACAAUAAUUAAACUACGGUCGGUCUAAGACACCAAACCAGCAGCAUACAUGGCAACAAAAACAAAAGAUAGUGUGGGGAGCAAGGAGAAGAAAAGCACAUCUUCUAAAGCUCCCAUAGCAACCACAAAAAGAACCUCAAGACCAUCUAGUGCAAGUUCUGUAGAGAGGUCCACCACCCUAUCAGAGAAACAAGUUCCCAACUACCUUAAACCAACACUUAGCUCACAACCAAGAUCUCAAUCCUUCAAGAUUUCAAGAAAUGAUAAUGCUCCAAACAAACCUAAUUUGGAUAGAAGAAGAUCUUUUGACAAACCACCUUCACCUUCAAGGUUAGCAAAACAAAUUCAACAAUCUCCUUCAAGACUACAACAAAAAUCAACUGUUAGAAACACUUUCCCUUCUUCCAAACCCAUUUCAGAGAGAACAUCAUCAAAGACUCCAAAACAAGGUACUACUAAGAAGAGUAGUUCAAAGAAUCUUGCUACAAAAAGUAGUACUAAUGAAGAAACAACAGAAACAAUCAAUGUUGUUGAAACUAAGACAGAACCAAAAGUUAAAGAAGCUAUCACAAACAAUGAUAAUGCUGGGGAAGUAGAAGAAAUUGAGAAUAUUCAAGAACAUGAUCAAGUUGAAAGUGUGCAUGAGAUUAAUCAACCUCAUGAUCAAGUUGUGGAAGUAGAAAAAAUUGAGAAUAUUCAAGAACGUGAUCAAGUUGAAAAUAUACCUGAGAUUAAUCAAUCACAUCAAGCCGAGGAAGUAGAAAAAAUUGAGAAUAUUCAAGAACGCGAUCAAGUUGAUAAUGUACCUGAGAUUAAUCAAUCACAUGAAGCUGGGGAAGUAGAAAAAAUUGAGAAUAUUCUAGAACGUGAUCAAGUUGAAAAUGUACCUGAGAUUAAUCAAUCACAUCAAGUUGGGGAAGUAGAAAAAAUUGAGAAUAUUCAAGAACAUGAUCAAGUUGAAAAUGUACCUAAGAUCAAUCAAUCGCACGAUCAUGGUGACUUUGAACUUGAACAAAAUCAAGGAAAUGAUCAAAAUAUUGUACACAUUCAAUCUGAUAACGAGAAUGAGAAAGAGGUGAUUCCUAUAGUGUCAGAAGAAGUAGCAAAAGAAGAUCAAAACAAAGAUGAACAUGAAGAUAAUCAAGAUCAAAAUGAGAAUACGGAUACAAACCAAGAAGAAGGGAACAUUAAUGAGAGUGAUAAAAAAGAAAUGAAUGAUUCAACAAAUGAAGGAGAAGUUAUCGAGGCGAAAGAAAAAGUAGAAGAUCAAAAGAAUGAGGAAGAGUUGGAGAAAGAAGAAGUUAAAAGAGCAACAAAUGAAGAAAAAGAGGAAAUUGAAGAAGCUAAGGUGGAUUCACCAAAGGAAAAGGAAGAAGAAAGUGGCGUGGUGCAAGGGAAGAAAGAAUCUUCUCAAGUAUCUAAUGAUGUGAUUGAAGAAACUGCUAGCAAGUUACGAGAAGAGAGAAAGAAUAAAGUGAGAGCAUUGGCUGGUGCAUUUCAAACUGUUAUCGAUCACCAGACUAAAUGAAAUACAAAAUUUCCUUUUGGUUUUGUGUUAGGAAGUGAGAACAUGAAACUAAACAGAUCAGU